UGUACCCGGAAGUGGGUGGUUGAGUUACUGACUGGUUACCACUGCAUAGAUACUGCCUGCUGGGAUGUGGCAGAGAACCGGAGAAUCGCAGAGAUUUCUAGAAAUCUGAGAAACCGAAAAUCUGAGGCACAACUAAUCACACUUUUGGCCCAAUACACGGCGCUGCCGUAUAAUUACCGAGGCAUAAACGGUAGAAGACGUCGCCAAAAUGAUGGAAGAGAUACCAGUAGAUAGAUUUCAGGUUCCGAGCGCUGUCCAGGGAGAGAUUCAGACACUUGACCCUGCAUCAUCCACAGCUUCUUCCGAAGCAGACUCAGACACGAGGGAGGAGGAGCCAGUCACUAUUAACUACAAGCCCUCUCCUCUGCAGAUGAAGAUAGAGAAACAGCGCGAGCUGGCCAGGAAGGGAUCACUGAAGAAUGGCAAUGCAGGUAGUCCAGUGAACCAGCAGCCGAAGAAAAACAAUGUGAUGGCCAGAACACGGCUGGUGGUGCCCAAUAAGGGCUACUCCUCCUUAGACCAGAGCCCUGAUGAGAAGCCCCUGGUUGCCAUAGAUACAGACAGUGACGAUGACUUCGACAUGUCCAGAUACUCCUCAUCGGGAUACUCCUCAGCCGAGGUGAGAUGUGUGAGGGCCCAGCAAAUCAACCAGGACCUGAAUAUCCAGCUGUUGAAGGAUGGUUACCGGCUGGACGAGAUCCCUGACGACGAGGACCUGGAUCUGAUCCCGCCCAAAUCUGUCAACCCCACCUGCAUGUGCUGCCAAGCCACUUCCUCCACCGCCUGUCAAAUCCAGUAGCUCACACAUGCGCCAUAUGUUCACUCUGUCACUAGAGCAGCGACAGAGAGAAUUGACAGAACAUGAUAAUUAUACGACAACAAAUAAUUAAGACGAGGAAAAUUAAGACAAAAAUACACAAACAUUUUCAAAUACGACUAACAGUGAUUACUUCCUCCUAUGGUAGGACAUGCACUUCUGUUUGUGUUUGAGGCCUCUCAGAUGCCUCCUCCGGGCCAAUAUUGUGUUAUACAAGUGAAAAUGAUUACAAAAUCAUUUUCAUGUCCCUAAGAAUAAGACAUAUUAUUGUAACUGCUGGUGAUCAAAGCUGCUCUGCUUCCUGACUUCAAGGUCAUAUUUAUUGCGUUUUAUCCCGUUUCUUUUAUUGGUCAUGGACUUUUUAUUUGAAGGAUCUGUAUGAUUGUACAUGCUGGGGUGUUUUUUGAAGAUGCAUAUCAGUUUAUGUAUAUCUGGUAUCUGUAAUUUGGUACUGAAAGCAGGGUUGUGUAGCACCGGCCUGGUCAAUACACUCAUUCAGUCUACAUUCUUGCCCUCUUUCUUAUUUUUUAUUGGUUUGGGGUAUUUAUGGUUUUGGUUUUUAGGGAUGAAUGUAUUGCAAAGGGAUGACAUGCAUGAUGAGCGCCUACUGUAAGUGGAUUGGGAGAUUUAUCUGAAUUGGCUGUUUGUUCCCGCAUUUUACUACUGCACACUGCUAUUUUGUCCAUUCCUCAUUGAUUUAUCACUUUUGAAUGUAUAAUUCUUGCACAUUUGAAUUUGUCUGGGUUCUAAGGUGAUAUGCGUACAUAUUUCCCUAAUCUGCGAUGAUCCUUAUUCAAGAGGAAGAUAUAGAAUUCAUACUUUGCUCAGCUAUCAUUGGACUCAUUCUAGAACACAAUGCUUUCACAGCUAGGGUACACAAUUCAGCCCCAUAGAGGCCACAGGGAACAAGUGUUUGUGUAAUAAAAGUAUACGCUGACAUUCACUAUCUUUUUGGAUACAGCCUGUUAUAACAUCCUACCAUGCCCCUCCCACAGUGUGUCUAACUAACCACUCCCCAAUUACAUCCUGCUAACAAGUCUUGAUUGGCACAAUCAUUCUAAAUAAUGUCAAAGGAGAACACACAUACGUCAUCAACUAAAUGAGUGGGGUGCGAUUUAUUUCACUCGCGUGGUUGAUUGGAACGUGAUCUAGUGAUCAUACGUAUCAUUAACUUUGAGCACUUAAUCCCUCACUAUCACCCUCACUCAAACACCCGUCAGAGUUGAUUUGCGAUUAGACUAUGCCUGAAGUAUAGAACGUUAAAACAAAAUGUGUACAUUUAUCGCCAGUCUCAUGACUUAACGUAUUUCAAAGAGAUUUGCAAUAUAUGAAGGUAUGCAUUUAAAAACAAAAUGUAGACAAAAAAAAUGAAUGAUGAUUAUGUUCUCAUGUGGACACUUCCAUUCCAGUAUUUAACAGUGUUAUUGUUCUGUGUAGUGUAUGAUAUCAAUAAACACAAAGCCAUCUGAA